GAUCGGUUUCAUAUUGUCUCUCUCUUCUCUUCCCUAUAAGAGCCCCGAUUCCCCACCUCCGCCAAAUCCAUCCACCGAAUCCCCAAAACCCUAGCAGCGAAAUCGCCUCGAUCGAAAAAGUUCUUCGUCUCCCUCUCGCGGUAUCAAGCGCAGCUCCGUCGAUCCCCCACCUAAGAGCAGUGAUGGCGCAGUCAGGCAACAACGACGCCGCCCCGAUCAGCACCCAGCCCGCGGCGGAGGAGGUGACGGUGGAGAGGACGCCCGAGGAGGAGGAGGCCAGGCUGAGGUACCUCGAGUUCGUGCAGCAGGCGGCGGCGCAGGCGGUCGUGCUGGCCGCCGCGGCCUACGCCUACGCCAAGCAGGGCGCAGGCCCGCUCCGCCUCGGCGUCGACCACGUCGAGGGGACCGUCAAGGCCGUCGUCGGCCCCGUCUACGACCGCUACCACGCCGUGCCGCUCGACCUCCUCAAGUUCCUCGACCGCAAGGUUGAUGAGUCUGUCCAGGAGCUUGAUCGUCGUGUCCCACCGGUCGUGAAGGAGGUGCCAACCUAUGCCCGCUCUGCAGCAGCUGAGGUGCAGAAGACAGGCAUAAUGGGCACAGCAACUGGACUGGCCAAGUCGGCCAUUGCUCGCGCUGAGCCAAAGGCCCGCGACUUGUAUACCCGCUACGAGCCUGUGGCCGAGCGCAAGGCUGCCGAAGCCUGGGCUGCCCUGAACCGCCUCCCGCUCGUCCCCUCAGUGACCCGUGCCGUCCUCCCCACAGCUGCACAGCUCUCAGCCAAGUACAACUCUGCCGUGCUUGAUGGUGCUAAGCGUGGCAACUCCGUCGCUACCUACCUCCCGCUUGUCCCAACGGAGCGCAUCGCAAGGGUUUUUGCCUACCCGGCAGCUGACCCUGCGCCUGCCACAGCUCCUGAGAUGCAGCCCAUCCCGACGCAGUAACAAUAAGAGCUACCCGGAGUUUUAUUAUUACCUAAUAGCUGUAGGAGUCGGUAUCUCGAUGUAGUGUCUUGUCUGGCUUGUGGUGGACAGUGGUACUAUAUGUGGAUGGUCCCUGUGGUAUCCGCCUCUGUUGAGGGGAUUCGAAUGCUGUUGCUGUGCAGCAACACCUGCUUUGUGUUUUAGUUUGUUCUUCAUGAACCACUGUGUGUAAUGCUUUGAAUCAAAGUUACAGGAAACACCAUCUGUAAAUUCAUUACUGUUUUUAUGCGAGUGUGUAUCGACUGUCGGCACUGUUUUAUUUGCUAUUACAAGAGCAGUAUGCAUUGUUUA